AUGGAGAACUACCAGAAGAUCGAGAAGAUCGGAGAGGGCACGUACGGUGUCGUGUACAAGGCCCGAGAGCUCACUCACCCGAACCGUAUCGUGGCCCUGAAAAAGAUCCGGCUCGAGGCAGAGGAUGAAGGCGUGCCCAGCACAGCCAUCCGAGAGAUCUCGCUGCUGAAGGAGAUGAACGACCCCAACAUUGUGCGGCUGCUGAACAUUGUCCACGCAGACGGCCACAAGCUCUACCUGGUCUUCGAGUUCCUCGACCUCGACCUGAAGAAGUACAUGGAGGCUCUGCCCGUCAGCGAGGGUGGGCGAGGCAAGGCUCUUCCUGACGGCACGGGCAUGGAUAUGAACCACAUGGGACUUGGCGAGGCGAUGGUCAAGAAGUUCAUGGCCCAACUCGUCGAGGGUGUCGUUACGCUAUGGUAUCGCUCUCCUGAAAUUCUUCUGGGUGGACGCCAGUACUCUACUGGUGUGGACAUGUGGUCUGUUGGUGCCAUUUUCGCCGAGAUGUGCACUCGCAAGCCGUUGUUCCCUGGUGACUCUGAGAUUGAUGAGAUCUUCAAGAUCUUCCGACUCCUUGGUACUCCAGACGAGACCACAUGGCCCGGCGUGACCUCGUACCCCGACUUUAAGCCGACAUUUCCCAAGUGGAAGCGUGACCGGAGCUAUGCACUGGUGCCUGGGUUAGAAGAGAACGGCCUGGACCUCCUGGAUGCGCUCCUGGAAUAUGAUCCUGCGCGGCGGAUCUCAGCCAAGCAGGCAUGCAUGCACCCGUAUUUCCAGCAUGGUAGCGAAUACUACUCUGGCCGCAAGCGGAUGAACGGAUACCACUCAUGA